AUGGGGAAGUCCUGGAAAGAUACAAGGCUGAGGUUGUAUGAUGAUUACUACGAGCCAACAUUGUCGACUGAAGAAAAUAUUGAGAACCGUCCGCCGGGAAUUGAUCGAGAUCACUGGAGAUGGUACCUUGAUUAUCGUGCCAAACCUGAGACGAAGGUUUAUAAUUGGCUUGUAGAUUCCGAUGGCACAAUCAAGCUGGCUAAACUGAGUGUGAGGGAGGCUAUGGAACGGCCCAAUGGUAGAAGGAUCAUGCUUAGGUUCAACAAUGAAAAGCAGCCAGUUGGAGACGAAGCUGGCCUGUUGAGUGGCGUUCUUGAUACAAGGCUGAGGUUGUAUGAUGAUUACUACGAGGCAACAUUAUCGACUGAAGAAAAUAUCGAGAACCGUCUGCCGAGAAUUGAUCGAGAUCACUGGAGAUGGUACCUUGAUUAUCGCGCCAAACCUGAGACGAAGUUAGAACAAAAAGGAAGGAUAGUCGGUAGAGGGGAGUUAUGGAUCAAGGUUCACAAAAGAAGGGAUGGCUCUUAUAUUAAUGAUGAGGCAAGAGAAAUUGGUGUCUUCGGAAGAGAGAAACCGGGUAGAGUGCGUGGAGUGGGUUUUGGACCGACUCCUAGUCAACUCUUUGGUACAAAUUUGCAACCGUCAGUAAACAGAGUACAAGUAGAGGAGACGCAAAGGAAGCUGAAUGAACUACAGAUAGAACUGGAAGCCGAGAAGUUGAAAAGGAAGGCGAUGGAAGAUGAAGCAGCAGCAGACAAGAAAAAGAUAAAGGUAAUGGAUAGUGCUUUGAUUAAUCUUUUUCAACGGCAGGGUGAGGAGCUGCCACCAGAGAUUGCUGCAGGGAUGCUUUCAAUGGAAUGA